GCGGGGACUCGCGCUCGGGCGGAACGCGGGAUCGCGGCUGCGGCGCCGGCCGAGCCCGUCCCACUGCGCACCCGCGCGGCGACCCGGCCCCGGGCUGCGGGCCGGCAGGACCGCGGGACGCCGAGCAGCGAGGAGGCGGUGUGCUGCUCUUCCAGCAUCGCUGCCAUGGUGCUCAAGGUCUUCUUUCCAUCCUGCUGUGCUUCAGCAGAAAGUGGCAUUCUGAUUGGCCGCUGGAUCUGUGAACAGAACUCUGCUGUGAUCCUUGCCGUGGUCCAUUUCCCCUUUAUUCCUGCCCAGGUGAAGCAGUAUCUCAGCGAAGUCCAACGGGUGACCAAAGUCAGUGUUUCUGUGCUCGGCUCGUGGAGCAACAGCAAGCAGGAGAAAGAAGAGAGUCUGAGUGAGUUCUUGAAAGACCUUGGGACAAUAUUCUCCCAUGAGCUGAUUCAGAUAAGCAAAGAAGGAGACAAAUUCUGGAGCUGUUCUACCCUUCAGAAACACACUAGCAACCCUGAAGAGGAAGAAAUCAUCUUUGUAUACUAUGACCAGGCAAAAGUCAUGCUUUCCCAUCUGCAUCCUCCUUUGGAUACGGCUGCCUCCACUGACCAUAAGGCCGAUGAUGCUUCCAAGCUCUCUGCCAUCUUUGACACAGUUGCGAGGAGCAAGGUACUGUUCAUGACGGACCGGUACGAUGAGGGGCCCAUCAAGCUGACCCACUGGCUCGAUGGUGUCGAAGCCAGCAUCAUCGUGGAGCUGCUGAAGCAGGCCUCAGUGCCUGCCUGCAUGCUGCUGGCAUUCCUGCUCUCGCUGGUCUCUGGGGUCUGCAGGAGCCGGGUACUGAAGUUUGGCCACUAGUCUUUCCUUUGGAGCAAGCUCUCAACUUGUGAGCAGCUGGGACAUCGCCUGCAAGCACCUCCAGGUCAUCAGCAGCAGAAGAACGCUCAAAACCAGACUCAACUGAUGAGGAAAGCCAACAUCUUUGUUUCUCUGCUGGUGGAUGUGGGCGCUGGGGUGUACUGCUUAUGUCCUUGCUGUACAGAAAAGAACCGAAUUGGGCACCUUGCUGACACUCUGAUCCCUGUGGCUGAUCACGUCGCUGAAGAGCUCCAGAACCUGCUCCAGUGGCUGAUGGGAGCACCAGCUGGACUGAAAAUGAACCGAGCUUUGGAUCAGGUUUUGGGCCGCUUCUUUCUUUACCACAUCCAUCUUUGGAUUAGCUACAUCCACCUGCUGUCCCCGUUCAUUGAGAUGAUCCUCUGGUACGUUGGUCUGUCAGCCUGUCUGGGCCUGACUGUGGUGCUCUGCAUCCUCUCCGACAUCAUUGCACUUUUGACCUUCCACAUCUACUGCUUCUACGUCUACGGAGCCAGGCUCUACUGCCUGAAGAUUUACGGCCUGUCAUCCCUCUGGCGCUUGUUCCGUGGGAAGAAGUGGAACGUCCUACGGCAACGGGUGGAUUCUUGCUCCUAUGACUUGGACCAGUUAUUUAUUGGCACUUUGCUGUUUACAAUCCUGCUGUUCCUCCUGCCUACGACUGCGCUGUAUUAUUUGGUGUUUACUCUGCUCCGUUUGCUGGUGGUGAUUGUGCAAGGCCUGAUACACUUGCUAGUUGACCUGAUUGACUCUCUGCCUCUUUAUUCAAUCAUCCUUCGGCUCUGCAGGUCUUACAGACUCGCAGCUGGUGUGAAGUUCAGAGUCCUUGAGCAGCAGGAUGGAAAACCUCUUCGACUCCUGAUGCAGAGCAACCAGUUUUCUGGGAUUCUGCCUGCACCACCAGUUCGCUCCAGCUGUCCAGUGCUCAUGGAGAGGGGGAGGAGUGCCUACAAAGACGGAACUCUGGGAAAGGGUGAUCAAGCAGCCUUUUUUAGAAUUAAUCCUGGACACCUUUUGUCAAAUUAGUUUCAAAGUACAAUGUUGCUAAAGCAGGAGGAGAAAAUGCUGGUAUGCAGAGGCAUCCCUGUGAGGUGGUCAGUCUUGGGAUGGUGAUUAAAAUCAAAAUAAAAAAGAUUAACUCAGCUGAGGAGACUUAGUUUAAGAUGGUAACUUUCCAAGGCACUGUGUGGUAUGCAUCCUGUUCUGCUGGGACUUGAUUCUGCUGGGUGGAUAUGGGAUUAUAUCAGGUUUAGCUUGAAGCCCAGCUGUGUGCUGAGGGCUUAGCACAUUAGAGCAACAGGAUCGUAAGAGAUACAGCUCAGCUGGUACAGGAUGGAGGAGUUCCUGG